AUGCUGAAGCCCCUUGCUCCUGGGACUGAAACAAGGUUCCCCCCUUCACCAUGUUCACAGCCCGAACGGAAGCAUAGGGAGCCUCGUCAGCUAGGAGCCAAGUUAGACAACAAGCUGGUAACCUUAACGUCUAAACUCUCCUCCUGCAUGGGAUUCAGGUCAUAUGAUGAAUGUCAAAGGUCAUUCAUGGAUAGUAUGAACACAACAUGUGACAAUUUCGAAGAUAAUUCCACCUGCGACGUGGGAUUUACAACAGAAAUAGAAGCCACUACGUGCAAAGAACCAGGAUAUCGAGGCUGUUUUACAGAUCCAUACUCCUUCCCCGUACGGGAUCGGGUGUUUCCAAAUCUUACCGAAGACCCAAAACUCACAAUUUCUCAAUGCAUCAUUAGAUGCACGGAGAGCGGGUUCUUCUAUGCAGGAGUGGAAUACAAUACACUAUGUUUCUGCGGAAGAGCAGGUGUAAAUUAUGCCAGACAUGGAACCCGUUUAGAUGUAGAAUGUAAUUAUGAAUGUGCUGGAGACAUCCUCGAGUCAUGCGGAGGAUCAGACAAAAUAGCUGUCUACCAAGUUAACAUCGGUAUUUGCGUAGACCCUGGUCCUCCUCUAAACGGAUUCAGGAACAUUGAAGGAAGCUCUCUGCGAUACGGCAACAAAGUUUCCUUUGGAUGUUCCGAUGGAUACAUCUUACAAGGACCUAACUAUAUCCAAUGUGUUCAAAUGUAUGGCGGGAGAGAAAACAGUAGCAACGUUGGCAACCCCCAUGCCGUGAAGUGGAGUCAGGAUCCUCCGACAUGUACACGUUAUAAUUCCACUUCAGCCGCUUCUCCGACGUCCAACAUGUCCAAGGAAGGAUGGCAAACGAGUACCAUGAGUCCAGUGGAUGUCAAGCAAAUUGAGGAGCAGAGAGAACUUAAUAAAGGAUUCAUCUACACAACUAUCGGCAUUGCUUCCGGACUAAUAAUCAUCAUCUUUAUCUUUGGAGUGGUCUUUCUUUGCAGAAGAAAUAAUAGGAGAGAACAGAAUUUGGCCCAGCAAAGCUGUACCGUAACCUACGAAACUAUUGACAGCGGAGCUGCAUACACAGCCCUGAAAAUCGGUUCAUCUGGAACACCUAUCAUCGGUUCUGAAGACUUAACGCUUUUUGCAAGACUCAGUUCGAUUGGUCGAGGUGACUUUGGAGAAGUAUGGAAGGGAGGUCUCAAUGUUAGUCACUUCCAUAAAGAUGUUGCUGUCAGGUUGGUUUCAGAUCAAGUGGCCAAAUCGGGUGACUUUCUUCAAGCUAUCCGGGUACUCUAUGAGCUGUCGGAUCAACUAAAUGUUGUAAAAUGCCUAGGAUAUUGUCCAGAAAAAGGAAGCAUUCUGUACGAGUUUGUUUCUGGUGGUACACUACUCACCUAUCUGCAAGCCAAACGGGGACAUUCUCAGCCAACGUACAAAAAUCUAAAACCAAAGAGUGAACGUCUCAAUGAUGAUGAUGAAGGUAGGCUAUUGAACAUGGCCUGGCAGGUUGCAAAGGGGAUGGAGUUUCUCGUGUCCAAAAAGAUCACCCAUGGAGCUCUCUGUGCUCACAAUGUGCUACUGGCAGAUGAAAAGCUGUGCAAGAUAUCGGAUUAUGGACUAUCUACAUUGCUAUUUAGGGACAAAGUUAAACUAACAAGAUGGAGUUGCCCUGAAACCAUGGCAACGGGUGGACAAUCGACUGAAGGAGACAUUUGGUCUUUUGGAAUCGUCUUGUGGGAAAUUGUAACAUUAGGAUCCAGACCUUAUCCUAAAAUGACAUUUGACAUGGUCCAGAUGAAAGUUAUCGAUGGUUACCAGAUGCCACGCCCUCAUCACUGUGGACAAGAAGUGUAUGCAGUAAUGGCUGGUUGUUGGGAGAAAGAAGCUGAAAAGCGAAGUAGUUUUGAUCUGAUCCUGAAGAGUCUGGAAACGAUUCUUGAAAAGGCCCACAAUUACAUGUCACUCAGUAAAAUUGAUGACGGAUUGUACGAGUCUACGCUGGAUAUGUAAAUGAAGUCCUGACCGAAUCGCGGGCGGGCAAUUUGUGUUAUGCACUUCGUAAUUUUACCAUCUCCUUAUUGCGCCAAACAAAUACUUAUUUUGAUGAAUAUUCAACGCAUUAGUGACUUCAACCACAAUAAUACAAAAUCGACCAGAAACAUACCAAACUCAACCAGAACGCUGAUAUGUCUCAACUCAUCAUUUUGAUAAUGAACAUUAUUAAUCAAUAUUUUAAUUCAACUGCACCGUGGCUAUUUUCGGAAUCGUAAAAUAUCAUAACUUAAUUCAAAAUCAUAUUUGAUAAGACUGUCAUAGUGUUAGU